AUGAGCGACAAGAAGGACGACAAGGCUAUUGGCAAAAAGUCGAUCGAAGAGAUGCUGCGGAUGCUGGCAAUGGGCCAGAGUCUGAGCGAGCCUGAGCAGAAGCAGAUGGCGGACUACAAGUUCUGGAAGACGCAGCCUGUUGCACGCUUAGACGAGAAAGUCGACCAAGAAGGUGAGAUUAAUGUUGGGAAGACGCCAGCGGAUGUUCCCGCCGAGCCAUUGCCGCUUCUAGCCGAUUUUGAGUGGGUUACCAUGGAUCUCACCGAUGCUGCCGAGACCAAGCAGGUGUACGAGCUUCUUUACGGGCAUUAUGUCGAGGACCAAGAUGCCACGUUCAGAUUUGCCUACUCGGCCGAGUUUUUUGACUGGGCUCUGAAACCACCAGGAUGGCGUCGUGAUUGGCAUGUUGGUGUUCGUGUUAAGGCUUCUGGCAAACUGGUGGCCUUCAUAUCGGCUGUUCCUGCCACUCUUUCUGUCAGAGAUACCGAAAUGAAGGCGGUUGAAAUCAACUUUCUCUGUAUCCACAAGAAGCUGCGUGCUAAGAGAUUGGCACCUGUUCUGAUCAGAGAGAUCACGCGGAGAGUUAACAGACAGAACAUCUGGCAGGCUCUGUACACUGUGGGUAAGGUUCUGCCCUCUCCUGUGACCACGUGCCGGUACUACCAUCGUCCCUUAAACUGGCCUAACUUGCUGGAUGUAGGAUUCAGCGUGUUGCCUCAGGGAAAGACAAAGGCCCAGAUGGUUGCCAAAUAUACCAUUGGAUUAGAGACCAAGACUCCUGGUUGGAGAACAGCUAUCAAGAAGGACAUCCCUCAGAUGAAGGAGUUGUUUGAUAGAUAUCAAUCUCGACUUGAGUUGGUUCAGCAUUUUACUGAAGAAGAGCUAGAGCACAUGCUGAUUGAUCCUCAUGAUACUGAGAAGGUUGUUCAUUGCUAUGUUUCCGAAACUGAGGGUCGCAUCACCGACUUUGUUUCGUUCUACCUGCUGCCCUUUUCUGUUCUCGACAAUGCCACUCACGAGAAGUUGGGAGUCGCUUAUCUAUUCUACUAUGCCUCUGAAGCUGGUCUUGAUAAGCCUCGUUUUGAUCCUGCUGGAACCAAGGCUCUUGCUGACAGACUGAAGUUACUGGUUGGGGACUGUCUGGUGGUGUGUAAAGGUCUUGGUGUCGAUGUCUUCAAUGCUGUUUCGUCUCAGGACAAUGCUCUUUUCCUGCAGGAUCUGAAGUUUGGUGGAGGUGAUGGGUUUUUGAACUUUUACCUGUUCAAUUACAAGGCGUUUCCUAUUGCUGGAGGUAUUGACGAGAAGACCAAGGAGGCAGAUGUGGUGAAAAGAAGUGCUGUUGGCGUGGUGAUGUUGUGA